AUGCCUCACCUCAGUCUAGGGGAGUCCAUCCCGCCGGACACGGCUCAUGCCGUCAGCGUGUCACUGCCCACGUGGAAAGCAAACGUGGGCUACGAAGAGGGCGAGAAAUGGGUUGUGAACAGCAUGGUCACGGGCUACCCCAGAUUCUUCAUCCACCGGAGCAUAGCUGCUCUUGCGCAGGACGUUGUGGACAAGUUCGGGCGGCCUGGAUACUCGGCCAUGCUGUUCCCCAAUGCGACCAUCGCCCUGAGAUGCGUCGCCUUCAUCAGGGAAAAGGCGCCGGCUGCGGUGCAUGAGCAGCUCGACACUGUCCACCUGGUGCUGGACUCGUCGAACCCGGCAGCCGCGGCCUUGAAGCCCAUCGGCCCAACAGUCUCGGCCGUCUUGUUCGUCCCCGAGGCAUUCCCCUUUGCGAAGCAGUACUGGCAGCACAGCGGAGACGGCAUCUCCAGCCGGCGCGCCGAGUUCUGCAGCAGCCUCCUUGACCAGGGCCUGCUGGUGCCAGAUGACGCACCCAAGCCGCCGGCGUCCCCCGUGCGUCGAAUGCCUUGUAAGGGCCCAAGGCGUUACCAGAGGCCCAUGUCUGUCGACGAGACAGUGUCCCCACCGAGGAAUGGAAACUCCAACGGGAACUCCAACGGGAACGGCAACGGGAACGGGGCGGCGCCGCCGGACACGGAAGAGACGUCCCGGUUCGUCGAGGAGCGCUUUGGCCGGAACCUGGACAUAUCCCUCGUGGAGCGAGCCAAGACGGCCAUCAGGCGACGCAUCGCCGGCACUCUGACGCACGACGUGGAUGUUAAGAAACACCCACUCCCCCAAGCGGAGCCCAGCAACCGAGGCGUCAAGGGCCUGACAGAACGCGACAUCUACCUGUUCCCGUGCGGCAUGAACGCCAUCUACACCACGCACCGCCUCCUCAUGAAGGCCCGUGGCAGCCACAAGAGCAUCAACUUUGGCUUCCCGUACGUCGACACCCUCAAGAUCCUGCAGAAGUUCGGCCCGGGCUGUCUGUUCUACGGGCGGGCAUCCGAGGAGGACCUGGACGACCUGGAGCAGAGGCUCGAGGCGGGCGAGCGGUUCCUGGGGCUGUUCUGCGAGUUCCCAGGCAACCCGCUGCUGAUCUGCCCGAACCUGAAGCGGAUCCGGGCGCUGGCGGACCGGUACGACUUUGCGGUGGUGGUGGACGAGACGAUCGGGACGUUUGCAAACAUCAACGUGCUGCAGGACGCCGACGUGGUGGUCAGCAGCCUGACCAAGAUCUUCUCGGGCGACUGCAACGUCAUGGGCGGCAGCGCGGUACUGAACCCAAAGAGCCGGUACUACGGCGAGCUCACCGAGGCGGCGCGGCACGAGUACCAGGACACGUACUGGCCCGAGGACGCCAUCUUCCUGGAGCGCAACAGCCGCGACUUUGCCACGCGCAUCGACCGCGUCAACGCCAACGCCGAGGCCAUCGCCGAGCUGCUCCUCACCAACGGCCUGGUCAAGCAGGUGUACUACCCAAAGCACAACAAGGACAGGGCCAACUACGACGCGUGCAGGCUGCCGGACAAGGGCUACGGGGGGCUCCUGUCCGUCGUCUUCCACCGCAAGGAGGACGCCAUGGUCUUCUACGACACCAUCGAGACGGCCAAGGGCCCCAGCCUGGGGACCAACUUCACCCUGACCUCGCCCUACGUCCUCCUCGCACACUAUGCCGAGCAGGAAUGGGCGGCCAGCCUCGGUGUCGACCCCGACCUGAUCCGCAUCAGCAUCGGGCUGGAGGAGACGGACCAGCUGGUUUCAAUCUUCCGGGACGCCCUCGACGCGACAAAGGAGGCCUCGCAGAAGUCGUAG